GCUGCGCAGCCGCCUGCUUGGAGAGCGACCUGCCUGUUGACAGUCCUCUGCUUUGAGGAGAGCUGGCUCGCCCAGAGAAAAGCGGCCGGGAGGGUGGCUGCCGGUGCAGACGUCCAGCCCAGACCGGCAGCGGCGCCGCUGGGGAUUCGGAAGGCUGAUUUUUGAAUGGUUGACAGGAAAACUUCGGGGGACGCCUUGUCGAAGGAGCCAUGGCGGUGCCAUUCCGUAAAGAGUUAGAGAAAUACAAGAACAUCAACGAAGACGAAAUCCUCAGCAAACUCUCUGAAGAUGAACUAAAGCAGCUGGAAAGUGUUCUUGAUGACCUGGAUCCAGAGAAUGCGCUACUCCCGGCAGGUUUCCGACAAAAAGAUCAGACCAGUAAGCCUUCCACGGGACCCUUUGACCGAGAGCGGCUGCUGUCCUACUUGGAGAAACAAGCACUGGAGCACCAGGACAGAGAAGACGUAAUUCCUUUUACUGGCGAAAAGAAAGGGAAAGUAUUUGUCCCUAAGGAAAGGCCAAUAGAAACCCACACUGAGGAGAAGGUGACUCUGGAUCCAGAAUUAGAAGAAGCCCUGGCCACUGCCUCCGAUAUGGAGCUCUACGAUUUAGCAGCUGUUCUUGGAGUGCACAACCUCGUCAACAACCCACGAUUUGAUGAGGGAGCCACCAGUAAAGAUGGGAAAGGAACUGUGAAGAAUGUGGUCCGAGGUGAAAAGGUGAAGCCAGUUUUCGAGGAGCCCCCGAACCCAACAAAUGUUGAAGCCACUUUGCAGAGGAUGAAGGCAAAUGACCCCACACUCCUGGAAGUCAACCUGAACAACAUCAAGAACAUCCCCAUUCCGACGCUGAAAGACUUUGCGAAAGCUUUAGAAACCAAUGCACACGUGAAGAAAUUCAGCCUGGCAGCGACCCGGAGCAAUGAUCCUGUUGCACUUGCAUUUGCAGAUAUGUUGAAAGUGAACAAAACACUGACAAGUCUAAACAUAGAAUCUAAUUUCAUCACCGGGACAGGCAUCCUUGCCUUGAUUGAUGCUCUGAAAGAGAACGAGACACUGACAGAAAUAAAAAUUGACAACCAGAGGCAGCAGCUGGGCACAGCCGUCGAGAUGGAGAUUGCUCAGAUGCUGGAAGAGAACCCGCAGAUCCUCAAGUUUGGGUACCAGUUCACAAAGCAAGGCCCGAGAACCAGGGUAGCAGCAGCCAUCACGAAAAACAAUGACCUAGUUCGCAAGAAGCGCGUGGAAGGAGAACGCCACUAGACCUGCCUCUGAGGAUGUGAAUAAGUUCCCUGUCAAAGAAGGCUGGUCAAUCGGCAAUCUCAGAAUAUUCACUGGUCUGAAGGGAAGACACUGGAAAGCCUUUCGGAUGAGGCUACUCCUAUUCCAUUACCCUCAUCCCCGCCCCACACUUUUUCGAACAAAACAAUCAAGCCUAAUUUUCUUUGAAAUAUUCACAUUUGGGUUAUUUAAAAAAAAAAUUAUGUGAAACCAGGAUGCACACCACGCAGACCACAGGGGCAUUUAUGUGGGACUCCUAAAGCCACUAUGGGUUUUCCUUUUGCAUUUUGUCUCCCCUCUGCAUUUCUUCAAACAUCAGAUAAAAGAGACUGGAUGGAAAAUGGGGCACUUCUUCAGCCUGGCCUUACCCACGAGAGUGGGUCUUUCUUCUGGGGCCAUGCUGGCUAAAUCCUGCCUGCAUCUGUAAGGAGCCAUUCGCACAAAGCAGCAUUUGCGAUCCAGUGCUGCAUUCUUUGUUUCUGGUCCAGUCACCUGCAGUCAUGGGAGUCUAUGGGAGGAGAGCUGGUCUAGGGGGUAGAAAACGUGAAUUGUCCCCUUUGCUAAGCAGGGUCGAUUUGCGUUUGAAUGGGAAACCACAUGUGAGCCCUGUAAGAUAUUCCCCUUAGGGGAUGGGGAUGCUUGAGGAAGGGCAUCUACAUGCUUGCAUGCAGAAGGAUCCAAGUUCCCUCCCUGGCAGCAUCUCCAGAUAUGGCUGAGAGGGACUCCUGCCUGCAACCUUGGAGAAGCCACUACCAGUCUGUGUAGACAAUACUGAGUAGAUGGACCAAGGGUCUGACUCAGUAUAUGGCAGCUUCCUAUGUUCCUAAACAUGCUCUGACUGCAGGUUGCCUCAAACUCCAAACUGGGGCCAGCCUGAGACCUCCCCUCCUUCCUCACUAAUUAACAAGAGGCACAGUCCACUGGGAAGUUCUCCUGCACAAUCCCUACUAACCCUAACCCUACUGAAAUGAAUAGGAGCCACCUGGUGGACUGUGCUUCCUGGUUAGAUCUGUCUGUCGCCCAUUCCCGAGAUUCGUUGCCUCACCUGGCCUCAUAGUAGAGCCGACUCUGCUCUGUGGCCAUAGAAAGCUUGCCUUACUGGGAAGAGUUUUAUGCAGCUCGUAGAAGGGCAGAGCUAUAAGGGAGAGGGACCAAGGGGUCAUGUAAGUGGGACUCCCAUCGCAAGGCUGGACCAUUCCUUCACCAGCACCCACCUCCAGACAGAUCAGCCUGUGGAAUCUAGACUACAAUGUGCCAUACAUACAUGGAAAGUGGGGACUGCAAAAAAGAGCAUUCUGAGAAAACAGCUUAAGAUGACUCACAUGAUAGCGCCAUUCAACCACUGUGUCGCACCAUGGUUUAAAGAUGUGACUCUGCUUCCCGUCUGCUCAGCUUCCCUUUUUCUGUGGGGUAUAGGGGUGUGCACAAAACCGGCUUUCAUAGUUCGGUUCGAAUCUGAACUGGAUUCGAACCAGACCGGCUCGACACUGCCCCCUCAGAACGAGGCCACCAGCCCUAUUCAAAUUUGACCAACCAGCCCUGGAGAUUUGGAGGGAGCCUGGUGGGGGUCAGGGGAGUCACCGCCACCGUGGCCACCCCAGUCACCGCAACCACUGGAACAAGUUGUAAAGCAGGGUUUCUCAACGUGUGGGUCCCCAGAUGUUAUUGGACUUCAACUCCCAUAAUCCCCAGCCCCAGUGGCCUUUGGUUGGGAAUUAUGGGAGCUGAAGUCCAAUUACAUCUGGGGACCCACACGUUGAGAAUCCCUGCUGUAAAGUAAGCCAUUUUACUCAUAAGAAGUGGCUUCGAACCAGGCCCAAGUCAGCCCAGUCAGUUCAGCUCAACCUUGUACCAAACUGGGUUUGGUCUGAGGUCGAGCCUUUGAACCGAACCGGUUCAAGUUCAAACCGGCUUGAUUUUGAGCCAGUUCGCACACCCCUAGUGGGGUGGGCACUUCCAGUGCCGGAGUGACACCCUGAAGUAGGGAUUGUCAAUGCAAAUAUCAUGUCAAACCAUAGUUCGCAUCAGCCAUGGUUUGCAAAUCUAUUUCAAACCACAGUUUCCAAUUUUGGUUUGCUGGCUGAUCGCACACUGUGAUUUGUCAGUGCAGAUAUCAUAGCAAACCAUGGUGAGCCUGUUCUUAGGACCCAGCAAUUGUUGUUAAAGGGUUAACUAUGUUCACCAAGCCCGGCAUGCUCCCGUGGAGUGUGAUGCCGGACCAGCAAUCAUAGUCCCACCACUGGGUUAGCUAGGAUUAAACUACGAUCGGCAACACAAUCUGAUUGUUAACUGCUAAUCAUAGUUUCAUCCUAGUAAGCCACAGUGGUGGGACUACGAUCACCGAUGCAGCACAAGUUCUCACGUCAUGUUCCGUGGGAGCGCCUCGGCCCAGCUGUCGUAGUUAACCCUUUAACUACAAUCUCCUGGGUCGUAGGAACAGGCUAGGUUUGUGCCUCCUUAGUCAUGGUUCGACAUGAUGUCUGAAUCACAUGAAUGAGUCAAGCUAGGCUGGGCCACAUCCAUUCUCCCUUUCCAGAGGACAUGGGGAGAAAAUUCCUUAACAUAAGAACAGCCCUGCUGGAUCAGGCCCAAGGAGGCCCAUCUAAUCCAGCAUCCUGUUUCACACAGUGGCCCAUCAGAUUUCUCUGAUUCUCUCCUGCUGUUGCUCCCCUGCAACUGGUAUUUGGAGGCCUCUUGCCUUCCUGAGGCUCAACAUCCUCUUUCUGAUAAAAGUUAGGUUGUGUUGGCCCAUCUGUGCAGUUUGGGCUCUGCUUGUAAGUAUUCUCCAAGCCUUCUUGUUUACAUGUGUUUAAGUUAAGCUAACCAGGUUCCUGAUCUCUUGCCCUAUUUGGUGACCUCAUAUAACAAGCCCUAGUUUUGCCAAAUCUAGAAUAGCUCCAGCCUGCAGCCUUUUAAAAAAAUAGAAGAAAAUUUUUUCUCCUAAAACCGGAGGCCAGGAUUGCUGCAGAACAUCUACUUAACCUAGUCCAGUUUUCUAAUAGGCAGCAGCUGCUGGGGCUGAAACCACUUGGACGGUUUUUUAAUUCCUGAUGUCUUUGCGCAUUUCUUAUUACCAUUAGCCAUUCUGUAGUUCCCAAAUAGGUCCCCACACGCACCAUUCAUGAGCCAUAGAAGUUGAGUGAGUGAGGUUUCUGCGGUGCUAAGAGCAAUGCUUUAGAAUUCUCACUUCUAACAGUGGACAGGUUUGGCCACACUCUCUCUGGGAGAUCACUCCCUCCGAGAACUGCCAGUUCCCUCCUACUUACUUGCUGGUGGAUCGUAUGAACUUGCCCUGAGUGAACAUUCAGCAUUCAGCGUCCACCAAUCCUGCUGAAUGUACCACCGGUCACAGUCCCAUGUUUGCAUAUUCACCAUUUGCAUUUUUAGACGCAUCCUUAGAAAGAUCUCAAGGCAGGGAUAGGCAUCCUUGGCUCACCAGCAGUUGUUGAACUACAACUCCCAUCAUACCAGCUACUGUUUAUUAUGGCUGGGGAUGAUGGGAGUUGUAGUUCAACAACAGCUGGAGAGCCAAGGUUACCUACACCUGCUUUAGGAUAUACCAAGAUGUAAUGUGCGAAGAAGAGGACCAAUUGCUUGGUUUACAUUUUUUAAAUCUCAGAAAUCAGCACUAUUGCCUGGUUCAGGGGAAAAACUGCAGGGGCAGCUAGUGGAACCAGAGCAGCAAAAAUAACAUGACUCUGUUGCUGUUAGGAGAUGGUGAAAAAGUGUUUGGUUUUUUUGUCAUACAUUUAGUCAUUUUUAUUGUGUGCAGAUAUUAACUUGUAAUGUCUUUUUAUUGUCAAUGUCGUCACUUUUGUUGGUAAAAUAACUGGCUGUUU